AUACACCCUGACCUUCAUAACAGCCAAAGCGCCUGCCCUCACUCCCAUGUCGAUUACAACGUGGGGCUCAAACACGGGUUGAAAACUGGUCACUUUGUAUAUAUUGGAGAACUGUUGGAUUUAAAGGCGUGUCUCAAGAUCUGUUGCCAUGAUCCAGUCUGUGAUAUUGCCUUUAUGCUAGACCAGUCAUGCUAUACGGUUAAUUGUGGGAAUGAGUCUGUGUGUAAGAGUGUGCCUUAUUAUCAACACAAGUUUUCUACAAAAGCUGUAUUUGUGACCAGACGGUUCAACAAACGUUUGUCUGAGAAUGUCGCUACUCGCAAUUCGUUAAACUCUACACAGGUUUCCUCAAAGGACGUGUCCACAGAAAAGCUGAUCAUGUCGAGUAGUGUUACCAUACCAACUAAACCUGACUUUAGCUACCACACUUCUACAAGUAAAACUUCAAGAACUUCCUCAUUACAGCGUGGCGUUGCCACGACAAGUGUCACCCCCCAGGAAGAGUAUAUCGACCAGAAACACCUUAAGAAUCAAGGAGUAUCGACUGCUGAAGAAAACUUUCUUAAUACGGACAUCAGCUCCAUGAAAACAAUGAAAAGCCAUGCUAGUGAAUCUGUCGAGUUAAACAGCUUACAGCCAGGGGAAAAUGAGAACAUUAAAAUAGAUUUUAAUGAAAGGUCAGAGCUUACGCCCAGGAAAACAUAUUUCGUGAAAAAUAAAAGCAAGAAUGAACACUUGCAAGAAAUAAACGUCACAAUCCAACUUCCGAAUUAUCAUAACAUUAAAGGUGAGUCAACCAACCUACUGUUGGCGCAGAGUGAGACACACAGUGGCAAAGACCUCCAUUCGUUGAAAGAAAAAGAAAGUACUGGAAGUAAACACGAGGGGCAAGACGGGCAAAUAAAAGAAUAUUUACCAUCAGUAUUGAACGCAACGUUGCAUCUGAAUCAAUUGGAUCAUAACAGUUUUCCUCAGGGUGAACCAGAUUAUUAUUAUGAAUCACUCCCGUCGAAUGGAGGCUCUGUAGAAAAUAGUGGAUCAUCAGAAGGUAUAAAGGAGCAGAGUGUGAGCUCGCACCUUGAUACAAGCAGUAGUACCACCUUUGCAAGUGGAGUCGAUAUAACAUAUCCAGACUCUAACGAAGGCGUCGAAGACCUCUCUCCAAGUAGGUCGGACAUUCCUUUGACGUCACGAGACUGUUUUUCUACUGAAACCUACUACAAUGUAACUCUUCGUGGUGGUCUGAAAGCGGGACGUUUCACUUUUGCUGGCAUAGUUUCGUCGCAGCAAGAUUGUGUGACUAGUUGUUGUAUAGCCAAAGGCUGUGACUUAUCGUUCACGGUCUUGGAUAGAUGCUUCUUAGUUGACUGUUAUGAUGCUGAUUUAUGUGAUUUCAUUGCGGCUCGAAAUGUUGAUAAGUUUCGUCCUGUGAUGACAUAUAUAAAUUUGACACCUAUAGAUACCCUAAAAGCCAAGUCGCUGCGAAACAGUCUUGUUCAGAAUUGGCCGUCAAAAACUGAAGUUUCUCGUACGAACAUCAAUCAGCCUUACAAUCAAGAGGAAGAAAGAAUUGGUAUUCCUGAUACCCUUGUGGAGAGGAAGAAUAAGACAAUGUCUGGUAAUACGUAUUUAAAAGAUAACCGAAAUGCCAGCCUUCCUACAGCACUCAACCAAUCGAAGUGCUCUUUCGGUGCAACGUUUCACAAUGUAUCUUUCCGACUCGGCCGACAAGCUGGUACAUUUAUUAAUCUAGGAGUCACUGACGAUAUACACGAAUGCGCGUAUUUGUGCUGUGAAACUCUGAACUGCGACGUCGCUUUUAUGAUAUCUCAGGACUGCUUUUCAGUACACUGUCGUAGUAACGAAACGUGUAAAACAUUUGCUGUCCAUGGUUCUAAGUUCAAACCUAGGUUAGUGUUUGUGCAAAGAUCUGGCGUCAAAAAAGAGAGCGUAACAAAAUCAAGACAUCUUCCAAAAACUUCACUGGUGGCUCUAUCCACUUCUCAGUGGAAUAAGUUCGCAUUAUCAGCGGCAGCAUCGCAGGCGCCAACUGAGUCGCGUAAUUUUGUGAUGUCAUCAGCUGAUGUACUAAGCACUGUCUCAUCCGUAGCGAACAAUGUCUUCCCAACUGAUGCUCCGGAUACAUCACUUCAGAAUGAUACUGCUAAACUCGACACUUCGCCUCCUUCAGAUACCCUUCCGUUAGACUUUGUGGAGGUAAAAACCAACGGCUCAGAAUUCUGGUGGCAGUACUACAAUCCGACAGACAAAAAUGUGACAACUUCACGCUUUGAAAAGGUAUACCCAGACAUCAGUGUCGAUAAUAGCAGUUUAGCAAACAGCCUGGUAAACGAUGCAUCAUUUCCCAGUUCGAGUUCACCAGACGAAUCACCAGUUGAAAAUGUUAAGUCUUUUAUUGCAAAAAUAGAUCCGAAGGAGGACACUCUUCCAGAAAAGACAAAAGCUGAGGAGGAUAACAGUUUAACAGAGGCAAACUUCAUCAUAACAUCACUUAAUAUUAGCACUUUAACCAACUCCGUAUCGUCGCAGGUCGUUCACGUUAGUAAUUCUCAGAUUUCGAGCUUCCAAGUAGUAUUACCAAUUUUUAGCAGCCAAACGUAUCCGUUUGCUUCAAAAGACGUUGGAAAAACACCUCCACUGGAACAAUUUGGUAAAGAUCGGAGUCUUUGCAACAGCACAACAGUUCUAACUGGAGUAACGUUAAAAGGAGGAUAUUAUGCUGGUAUAUUUUCAAGAUUAGACAAUGCAACAAGCAUGAAAGAAUGCGUCUCAGAAUGCUGCAAUAUGCCAGGCUGCAAUAUUGCCUUUAUGGUUGCUAAAGUAUGUUACGCUGUGCAAUGCUUCAGCGAUAAAAAGUGCUUGAGUGUAAGGGCGCACUCUGCAAAUAAGUACCAUCCGCGAAUGGCACGAAUUCGUCAUUUUGAUAGUGCAUCAUCAGAUGCAUUCAAAGGGGUGAACAGUGACAGACUCCGCUGCGUUUUGGACGAUAUUAUUGAUUCAAAGUACAAAGUUCAAGAUGGAUCUAUCUUUGCGCAUUCCUCGUCGCAUGAUUUGGGUGACUGUGCAAAGCUUUGUUGUCAAACGAGCGGCUGUGAGGUUGCUAUGCAAGAUAAUGACAAAUGCUAUUCGUUGAACUGUUUUGGUGACAAUAAAUGCCCUGAGAUGCUCCUGACAAAUUCCUCCCAAUCUGUAGCUGUGGUAAAAGAUUUGAUUAAUCCAGAUAAUAUUUCAGAACACUCCUUCUCUAAAGCUUGCGAUUUUAGCCCGGCACUUCAUGACGUUGUUUUACGUGGUGGAUCGCAUUCUGGAAAGUUCAAGUACUUGAUAGCAGUUGCCGACAUGGCUACUUGCAUCCAAGAAUGCUGCAGGCAUAAAGUGUGUGACGUGGCCCUCAUGUUGAAAGACAACUGCUUCUUAGUGUCCUGUCACAAUGAGAAACUGUGUGAUGCGAUCCCGUCACACCCCUCAGAAUACCAUCCACAGAUAGCGUACAAGAUAAAACAUGGUUCCCGUCGACAUAUUGGUAAGAAAACUACUCUUACUUUAACUUUUUCUCUGUUAAAGGGAAGCCGUCACCACUCCUGAGGGAAGAUUAAAGGGUUACUCCGAUGAUAAAGUAGCUUGAGAAAACAGGCGACAUUUGGCGACGCCACCACUAGUUUCCCUGAGAAAUGACGUGUGAGAAACGAAACCAGAAAUUCCAUACUGAUGAUGUGUCACUACCCAGAUCUGGGUAAAUUUCAAUCAGAGGCAUCUCCUAGAUCUGGGUAGUGACACGUCAAUACUAACAUAAUAGGGAGUUUUAGAUCCAACGAAACGACGGCAACCACAACGUCGAUUUAAAAGUGAAUUUACCUUCUUGCCGUCUUUAUUGCGAUUAUUUCUACCUACUUACUUUGUCAAAUGUAAGCAAACCCUUCUGAAGUUGAAUUCCAAGGGACCAUAUCCAAGUUCAGAAAGAGAAAUAAAAUUUCGUCGCUGAUGCACGUGCGAAGUUGUUGCUUGGCUUCUUAAAACUAUGUUUUUUUCUUUGGAUCUUAAAGUCCCUAAUGUGUGUCCGACGACUUUUGCGGUUUGUGCAACAAAAACGGUUACGUCGUCGAACAUGCGUCCUUUCUAAAAAGAAACAUUUUUUGCAGGACUGCACAUGUAACUGUAGUUAUGGUAAAAAGCAGAAUUUAAAAACCACGGUCAUGGACGUUUGCUUCUGAUGAAGCACGUGUAAUUGACCUAGAAUAUGUUUUUUAUUUUUAUUGAUUUAUUCAUUCUUUAUUUUUGUUUUGUAGUUGACCCCAAGCCACACAAAGACGGUUCAGGUUCAGCUUCCAAAAGACUUCACCUUAAAGCUUCCGCAAAUAGAGACACGGAAACAGCGACCUUCACUAUGGGUAGGUUCUUUCCGGUCAGCUCCGUCAGAGUUGAAAACGUCGAUUCAAACGUUAGUGGGUUUGUUGAUAUAGCAAAUGAUAGCAAAGCUGAUGAGGAGAUGACCUCAAAUGAUACUGUGCUCGUCUCAAAUGAAACGGAGACGGACAUAUUUGCUAACGAGACGACACCACAAUACGUCUUGAUGUCGCAUCCUUUAUUGACCUUGAACGAUUCCAGAUCACAACUUGGACGAUCAUCGACAUUUGCAUACGCGGACUCUAACAUGGCUGUCAGGAAAGCGAAGCUUCUUUUCCAAAUUUCACAGAACACAGAGAUCUCUGUGAUUACUCGUGAGACCCCAGCCUUCUCCAAUUCCGAGAGCGUACCUUCAAAUUUACAGUUGCCCAUGGGAAGCUCUAAACAUUUAAAGGAAAUUUUUGGCAUUGCUUCAAACACGAUUUUGUCCAAUAACCCUGUUGAAUUAACAAGUACGCCUGUCAGCAUUCCUUUGCAAUCGGAAGCUCUUCAACGCACGGGAGUAUCAUUAGGCAGGACUUCACGAGAUUCUCAAGACCUAAUGACAACUGUGGCUCAGUUAGAGCCAACACCCAGCUUCGUAUCUACUACAAAGGAGACGUUUAUUACAGACUAUGGUAACCUCGGACUAAUGUCAACAUUCGAGCUACCCACUUCUUUCCUUAUUCUAAAUUCGGCAAAAGUGCAACCAUACGGCAUCGAAGCAAGCUUUGUUUUAUCCGGUGACCUGAAGUCGUCAAUAUCAGACCUCUAUGCAAGAUUUGAAACUCUGCAGUUUACAAUCAAACAGUCACACGCGUCGGACGAUAACCUCAUUGAACGCACCCCCACUUUAGAUAGUACGAUGCUUAAACACGGACUCAUAUCUUCGCCAGUAGAGCUUCAUCUUGCGAAAAGGAAGCAUACAUCACAAGGAAUACUACACAUUACUCCUGAAACGCUCAUGAUACCGUCUGCCAAGAUUCAAAGCUAUGCAAAUGAAAUGUCGAUUUGGUCUAAUUUCUCUGGAACAGAAUUUCCUACCCUGGUAGAAUUGACAGAUGUACAGUCAAUUAGGGCAACACCCCAUGGAACAGAUGCCUUUCCCUCCCCGUUGCUUUCCAUGUCUAUUCCUCUACCUCGCUUUGAAUCUGGAACAACUGCUACUAAAUUACCAGAGGAAGACAUGCAUAGUCAGUCAUUUUCCACAGAAUGGGAAGAAGGAGACAAGAGAACACCAGGUUUGAUGGUAGCUGCCGUAAAACUUUACAGUUCUGAAGCGUUACCUAUUACAAUAGCGGACUCCAUAAAAAUUGACAGUUCUCUAACAGCUGCCAGUGAUCUUAGUAGAGAUUUCUUGCCGUCCUCAGAAACGUUAGUCAUCCAACCCACCAAAACCAUCAUGCCAUCGUCUAGCAGCCUGACACUUAAAAGUAGUUACAAUUUUUUGGAGUUUUCAGGACUUGACCAGGAUGGUUCUACUUGGAGAUCGUCUUCUGUCAUCGAACCUUCACCUUUAUUGAGUGCGUACGUUGACACUAGAGAAACCGCCAGAAUGACAACUUCUUCUGAGCAGAGUUCGCCGUCAACAAGGUCUUCUAAAAUGGAAGUUGAGCGGGAUCAAAUCCCCUUCAUGAACAUCACACCAAGACCAAUCGAGCCUCCUGAUUCUUUCAGCAUGGGCAAUGCAACAUCCUCUGAUUUGGAGGUUUCCGGGCUUGACCAGGGUGGCUCUACGUGGAGACCGGUUUCUGUUACUGAACCUUCACCUUUACUAAGUACGCAUUUCGACUCUAGGGAAACCACCAGAAUUACAACUUCUGAGCAGACUGCGCCGUCAACAAGGUCUUCCAAAAUGGAAGUUGAGCGGGAUCAAAUCCCCUUCAUCAACAUCACACCAAGACCAAUUGAUCCUCUUGAUUCUUUCAGUAUGGGCAAUGCAACAUCCUCUGAUUUGGAGUUUUCAGGACUUGACCAGGGAGGCUCUACGUGGAGACCGGUUUCUGUGAUUGAACCUUCACCUUUACUAAGUACGCAUAUUGACUCUAGGGAAACCACCAGAAUUACAACUUCUGAGCAGACUGCACCGUCAACAAGGUCUGCCAAAAUGGAAGUUGAGCGGGAUCAAAUCCCCUUCAUCAACAUCACACCAAGACCAAUUGAUCCUCUUGAUUCUUUUAGUAUGGGCAAUGCAACAUCCUCUGAUUUGGAGGUUUCCGGACUUGACCAGGGAGGCUCUACGUGGAGACCGGUUUCUGUGAUUGAACCUUCACCUUUACUAAGUACGCAUAUUGACUCUAGGGAAACCACCAGAAUUACAACUUCUGAGCAGACUGCGCCGUCAACAAGGUCUUCCAAAAUGGAAGUUGAGCAGGAUCAAAUCCCCUUCAUCAACAUCACACCAAGACCAAUUGAUCCUCUUGAUUCUUUUAGUAUGGGCAAUGCAACAUCCUCUGAUUUGGAGGUUUCAGGACUUGACCAGGGAGGCUCUACGUGGAGACCGGUUUCUGUGAUUGAACCUUCACCUUUACUAAGUACGCAUAUUGACUCUAGGGAAACCACCAGAAUUACAACUUCUGAGCAGACUGCGCUGUCAGCAAGGUCUAAUAUAGUGGAAGUUGAGCGGGAUCAGAUCCCCUUCAUCAACAUCACCCCAAGGUCAAUCGAGCCCCCUGAUUCUUUCAGUAUAAACAAGACAACAUCCUCUGAUUUGGAAUUUUUAGAACUUGACCAGAGUGGCUCUACGUGGAGACCGGUUUCUGUGAUUAAACCUUCACCUUUACUAAGUACGCACAUUGAUUCUAGGGAAACCACCAGAAUUACAACUUCUGAGGAGACUCUGCUGUCCGCAAGGCCUAAUGUAGUGGAAGUUGAGCGGGAUCAAAUCAACUUCAACAACUUCACACCAAGACCCAUCGACGCCUCUGAUUCUUUCAGUAUAAACAAGGCAACAUCCUCUAGUGGUGUUUACAGAUCUAAUAAGACGCAGUCAACCGCGGCAAACUUCUCCGAACAGGGUACCCAGUUGAUGAUUCCUUCCGUAUUGGAAACGGGAAAAAGUCACUUACCUGUCAUGACGCCAAAAUUGCAAGGUCUUCCUAGCUUAUCAGAUGUCUAUCCCUCAAAGACGAUUUCUUUGUCCCCCUUUUCUGAUGGAAACAACUUGAGUCUAGUGUAUUCAACAAGCGCGAAGUUCUCUAGCGACAACGGACAGAUACAGGGCAAUUCUAAGUCACAAGGGCGCGGGGGUGUAGAUCGGGCUAUAACAUCAAGAGAGGUCGAGUUUUCAAGGUUUUCGGUCGCUGCUCGUAGUGAAGCACAAUCGUUGACGUCUCCUUUCGAAGCAAGCAGAUCUGGUGUCGUGAAUUUAACUGCCGACAGUUUUCAGUCAAAUGAGAGUUCACAGGUAAGGACACAAGUGGAACAGGAUCAUAUCGCUAUCGUGACACCGAAAUUGGAGGAGCUGUCUAGUAUGACCAAUGGUUCAUAUAAAAAGAUGGAUAGUUCUGCUUUCCUUCUUGAUAAAACCCUCAAUGUAGUGAAUUCAGGCAUUUACAGUUCCUUUAAACACUAUAAACAGUUAACCAAGUCUUCCGCAGUACAACAGAAAAGAGAAGAAGUCCCUGUUGGGAGUCCACCAUAUAUCAAUAAUUUAUAUAGCUUGUCAGUUGACUUUUCAAGAGAGAAAACAAAUCUCUCCUUCAGCAACCCUAGCGUGUUGUAUUCAACCAUCGCAACUUUUCCUGGGCAGAAAGCGAAGUCACUGACCGCGAAAUCACCAGAUAAAGUGUCGUCAGGUUUGUUAAGACCGAACAGCGCGACAAGCUUUAAAGUGUGGCCUCACAAAGAAACACAGCAGGUUUUGGAAAUAGAUAGCUUUAGUAUUGUAUUUCCAGAAAUUCUGUCUUCUCCUGGACAAAGUCCACAGUCGAAAGCUCUUUUCAGAACAACUACAGUGCCCAUCACAACACCAGCAAAACAGGAAUUCGCUAGCGUGGCUGAUUACUCAUCUGACGAACUAAAUUUGCCACCUUUCGCUUAUGUUAACACCUCAAUAUUGGAGCAAGCCACGGUUUUAAGUUCAGCUGAGCCUAGUAAGGUACUAGAAGAACGAGAUAAUAUUCCCAUUGUAAACCAAGGAAUUGAACAUUUUGCUAGUGCAUCAGAAAUACUGAUCACAAAGACACACUCUUCAACUCCAUUUCUGCGCACCGACAGCUAUAAUGUAUGGGAGAAAAAUGAAUUAGGUUAUUUGGCUGCCAUGUCAUCUACGAGCUCGAUGGCAGAACAAAGUAAUUUAGAAGUACCAAGCCCUUCGUUGACCUUCAAAGCAAGGAAGGGAGCUAUUUCGUUUUACAGUGAGGGCAAAAACGUUCCUUCAACCACAAAAGGGAGUGACAUCGGCAAAUCAAAUGACUCAAGAGGCCCAGUUCGGGCCUCGUCCCAGCAACAGAUCAGUUUUCCGGCUAUACCUACAAAUGGCGCUUACUCACUGCCCUUGAAGAUAAUUUCAACAUCGUUGCAAGAUGAUGCCACAUCAGUUCCUUGGGUGUUUGGAAAAGCAACGUUGAUGGCGUCAACUCGUUUUACUGGGGUUAUUGCGGAACUGGAGCUGCCAGCCACGAGGACGAAUUCCCCUAGGAUGACGCUCCUGUCCUUUAAACAAACUACCUCGCAUACAAUACAUACAACUGGCACAUCUACAAAGCCUUCCACGUUAUCUUCGUCUUCAGUAAUUUCAGCUUUAGAUCAAGCAUCAUCUGCCAUGUCAUCGCCUUUUUCAGGGGAUGUGUCAGUUUUGGAACCGAGAGCCGCAAGGGCGAACGUCGCUCUUAUCACGUCACCUUCGAUUUCACAACCAUCGUUUACAGUUGCAGCACAAAAAGCAACUGUACCUGGUAUUUCACUAUUGAAUCGGUUAGAUCACCUGGAUAGAUCACCUGGGCAUACAUUUAAAACUCCAACCCCAACAAUCACAUCUGUGAAGCCAAAUGUAUCAUCAAACAUCAUUAUUCUAGAGACUGGAGUAUCAGAUAUUACGGGUGCCUUAGAAACAGUUUUCUCUAACGGGAGAGCUAGUUCAGUCCCACUUCAACUCGGGGCAGAUUUAGAGAACUUACCAAAUAUUACAACUGACCUACUAUCGUCACUGAAAGAUGAAAGUAAAAUAAUACAUUCCUCCAAACAAAGGGAUCCAGCUGUUCACUCAAGUCAAAUUAACGUCACGUCAAUUACAUUCCCGUCGACUGUAAAUGAAUUCACUUCAAAAGAAGUGUACAAGACUGUUACUGUUCCACCCAUUGCUUCAAUACAUGCUUUUGUUUUAGCCCCAAUUACAGUGCCUUCAUACUCGCCCAGCACAACGUUGCGUUUGCUUGUGUCACCGUAUGUAUCCCUGAACAUACAAGGCAUAUCUCGUCGAAAUGCAUCAUCAAUAACCCUUUUCAAAAAUGAGAGCGUUAGCCCCUCGGCUAGCAAAACCUCUGAUACGCUUCAGCCUUCUUCUUUCGGUGUGUCUUUAGGGAAGUUGGUGAACUUUACGUCAACGCCUCUUUCGAAAACUCUUGAAGAAACUCUCAAUAAGGUGAAAAGAAAGGACAAGGUAGUUCGCGCGCUUGCGAGUGGAAUAGUCUCGAGCCCUGUUUUUCACCUGGCUGUUCGACACAUCGGGGAGCUUCUGAAGAAUGAAACAGGUUUAGUCCAUUCCGUUUCUCGGCUUGAAGACAUGUUGGGACAUUUACAGAGACUUGUGAUAAGUGUAACUAAAAAUCAUGUAAGAAAUACAACUAACUGGCAAUUGCCUAUCUUCAAUUCUUUGUCGCGAGAUAGUGGCACUGAGAACAUAUCCAAACAAGUGAAUUUAAAACUUGAAGCUAUUUCAUCCAAGCUGAAAAGGAUAUCGUCAGUUCUUAGUGUAUUGCAGUUGAAGAGUCGCAGCGAACAAACAGAUGUUAAUGCCGUUGAAAGGUCUAAUAUAGAUCGUCCAGGAACAAGCACUGCAAUUUUUCAUAAAGAACGUCCUGGCGUCUUGACAAAAGCUGACAAGAAGCACAACAGGCUUUUAGAACUUCUCUUAAGCAGAUUUAAUAAACUAGAGUCAAUGAUUCAAAACAAGCGAUCCCUGGCAAAUGGCACAAGCUCUUCUGGGAGAAUCAAUUCUCCGCGGUUAAACACACCUACGAGCAUGCGGGCUAUCGUUGCGAGCCCUACGGUCGGAUAUACUGGAACGAUACAUUCGAACUCAGAUUUUCUACAGGGAGACACAAUCCGUUCUACAAUUUUACAUACUCCUUCCCUCGCCUUUAUUCCGAAGCGUCUUCUUUCAAAAGAGCUAAUGACAACACCAAACUACAAGAUGCUUUAUACAGCAGAAAAGCGGAUAAGCGGAACUGUGACUCUCUCGAAAAUUUUGUCAACGGUCCGUGCUUCUACAGACAGUCAUAGUAUAAAUAACAAAACGUCAUCUGUUCCUUCAUCUGUUAAUAAACUAGAACCCUUAUCAGGAGUUGGGUUGGGAAAAAAUAAGACAGGCUCUGUCAAACGUAGCAAGGAAUUCACCUACGUCACAUUUCGUGGUGGCCUGGAGGCUGGCAUUUUCACAGAUCGUGGGAAAGUGGAGUCCAUGGAAACCUGUGUCGAGCUCUGUUAUCAUCAUUCAACCUGCAACGUGGCUUUCAUGGUUGGACACACUUGCUAUUCUAUCCAGUGUUACAGUCAAAAGACCUGUGAAGUGCUGCCUUUUGACACAACUGUCAUCAGUACCCGUGUGGUGUACCUUAAGGACAGAAUGCUUCGGUUACCGUACACCAUCAAUGGUCAUCCCACGGCCACCUCUCUGUUAACUGAUAGCAAUUUUACAAUCAGGAAUUGUGCUAAGAACAUUACUGUUUUGAAGAACAUGACGUUCGUGGCCGGAAUGAGCGCGGGAAACUACACUGAUUAUGGCACUGUAGACAGUAUCCAGGCUUGCUCGAACAUUUGCUGCUCAAAGAAGGUAUGUGACGCAGCUUUUAUGAUCCUCAACAACUGCUUUACAAUUGACUGUGUCAGUGAAAAGGCCUGUCACGCAAUUCCGUCAAAGUCACGCAAGGUCAACACAUCGAUCGUCUACUUCCGCAAGACUCUUUCAAAGACACAAGAGCCUAGGAGAUCUACUGUCAAAGUUGAGCAACAGUGUUCUCUCUAUAAAAGUAUCCUCAAAGAUGUUACAUUCAAUGGAGGGAUGAACGCUGGAAACUUCACGGAUCAUGGAUUUGUCGACGAGUUCUCUCUUUGUAUUGAAAAGUGCUGUCACUCGAACAACUGCGAUGCCGCCUUCAUGGUCCAAAAUAAUUGUUAUUCUGUUAAGUGUGCAAAAAACAAAAGACGCUGCCUUCCAGUAACUGCAAGAGUAACGCAGUUCAAAACGUUUAUGGCGUUGCGAAACAUAAGUUAUUUUCAAAGCUUCAAACCUCUUACGAUAAGUCACGGAAACUGUGCCCAAGUCGGACACGCCCAAAAUGGUCUCACGUUUAAAAGAGGCAUUAAAGCCGGAACUUUUACAGCACACAAUAAAGUGACUAAUAUGAACCAUUGCUUACAGGAGUGUUGCAGCAUGUCCUCGUGUAAUGCUGCUUUUAUGAUUGGAAAGAAAUGCUACUCCGUCUCAUGCACCACCAAGGAAGAUUGUAAAACCACGCCAGCGAGGAAGACGAACCUUAUUACAUCCAUCGCUUUUGUAAAUCGGACACAUAUUAAAAGUACAAACCCCACUACCGGUGACGAAAAGCUGGGUCAAAUAAAUAAUUUUACAAGGAGCAUCCUGGGAGGGCACUGCGAUAUUACUGAUGAGCAGCAGAACGUUAAUUUAACAGGGGGAUGGCGGUCUGGAAAGUUUCUUCGACUUCCUGACAUUACAGACAUGACAAAAUGCACCGAAGCGUGCUGUGAUUAUCAUGGAUGCGGUGCUGCGAUGUUCAUCGACCGGUAUUGCUACAAUCUGAUAUGUUUUAAGAAAAAUGGUUGCCACUUUAUAGGAACGAAAAAGGCUUUUAUGAUAAACAAAUUUGUUGCUGUAAGAAAGAACUUAGGACAUGUUAUGCCUCCGUUUAAGAAAGCCCAAAUAACUUUGUUGACUGCGUCCAAAGAGCACGUAAAUCGCUCUAUUUUCAUGAAAGAUGUUCGGAACGCUAAAAUUAUCCGAAAUAAAACAUUGAAUGUGGAACCCUCAUUAAGUACCACAACGAACAUUGAGACGUCUGAUCUGUCCCUUCACUUCACUGGUUCUCAAUCCAUCCAGGCUACACAAGCACGGUAUCAAAAAAGUAAUGAAGGUCUUCAUAGAAGUAUUUCAAAUUCUAACGCCAAGAAACAUGAAAUUCCAUCAGUUACAUUACUGGAGCAAGGCAGACUUAUUUACAGUGCCUCGUCGCCCAACAAGUGGUCAAGUGUCAAUUUGUAUCCAAGCUCAACUGAUGGGGCCGGUCAAACGUCUUCAAGCAUCGCCAAAAGUGGAGUAAAUGGCUCAGACGGUAGAAAUUCCUUCAGCGGUACGAGCUCUGUAACGCCAACAUUGGCGUCGUUACCGUAUAGUGUCAUAAUAAAACCUUCGUCAUCCGACGCAAGAAAAGUCGAUAGCUCAUUAACACAAUCACCCAGUUAUGUGAGGUCAUUGAAUGAAACAAGAACUAAGCUUGACACUGCUCUGAUCUCGAAUCCCGUGAACAACAAGAAUGGAAAUGACGUAUUAAAGGGAAAAAGUGAAUCAUAUUCCUUUAAAAGUGACUACAGUCUUCUAAAGGAUUUAAGCAACUCAAACAGAAAACGAUCCUACGCCUGUACCCACACGUUUGUUUUUAAUAACUCCACUUUGCGUGGCGGUCUGACGGCUGGAGACGUCAAAAACGAAGGCCUAGUUGAAGGGAUGGAACAGUGCGUCGACUUGUGCUGCAAGACACUGGAAUGUAAUGUCGCGCUUCUAAUUAACGAGGAGUGUUAUAUCGUGGCAUGUACUAACAAGGUACGUUGCGAGGCAAUUCCUGUUAAAGAAAGGGGUGGCAACACAAAGGUUGCCUAUGUGGCGCGCAAUACGGACGAAGCAGAACUUAUAAAACAGCUUAUUAGUCACACUGAGACAUCGAAGUUGAAAGAUUUCAACGUGAGUAAAACUAAAACAGAUAAAGUGAUUGAAAACAUAGUACCACCGAUGGCAGAUCUGGGCGUCCGUACAGGCUCGUGCAUUCGAAGUCCCGUGCUGCGUGACGCACGUCUUAAGUUUGGAAAACAAGCCGGAGAUUUCAAAUCAGUUGGUAGAGUAACCAGUGUUGACGAAUGCGUUACGUUAUGCUGCAAUGCCACUGCCUGUAACGCAAUCUUUAUGUUAGGAUCCAGAUGUCACCUGGUGUCAUGUUCCAAUGAAUUUGACUGCCAAACUGUCGAAGCAAAGUCAGAGUUCUAUAAACCGACUGUGGUUUAUGUGGCCAGGAGUAAGAGUGAAGUAGCUUAUUUCUUCAAAAUGAUUCCAAAAGAGCUCUUGAAAAAAUAUGCUGGUGAUGGUAUGGUCGAUGUGAAUGCUACAACUGAAGACGAUGUACCAACUAUUCGAAGAUCUCACUUGGAGCACAUAAACAGUAGUAGAAGCAUUGAAAGUUCAUUGGUAAGAGGGCAUAGUUCAAGGCUCAAAUCAACAGUCAAAAUGGAAUCGCAAAGUUCCAUUCCCAUUCCUCUUUUGCAAGCCAGUUCUGGGUUACCUAGAAGCGUUCCUGCAACGAUAGCUCCUACACUAAAAUUGCCGAACUUCCCAGCUAUUCACAACAGAAAUGAUGCAGAUCUCAGUACUGUAAAUGUGGAAACGACUCUGUCCCAAGUAAUAGCCUCUUCGCAAAUCCUUGUCUCCGAUUUGCAGAGUGCAUCAAAUUAUGAACAAAAUUUAUCUGUGGUCUCCUCAUCGCAACACAAACUUAUGCCUUCAGCAGGGGUUGUUGUAUCAACGUCAAAACCGGCAUUGGAUUCUUCAAAUGUCUUCGACGCUCGGAUUGUACCCACAAAAGUUCUUGGAAGUGUAAGAUUUAAAGAAAGUCGAAAGAAGGAUGAAAUAUCGUUAUCAAAUCCCGUGCAAAGUCCAACAGAACUGGCAAAAUCGUUAAGUGGUUUAAAUGUUUCUACAGUGUUUACCUCUCUAACACCGAGCUCGCCGAACGUAUUUUCUACUCCAGUAAUAUUGCGUCUUAAUGCGUCCCCCAUCACCGCAAUCGUAAGGAGGCAAUACAUAACUGGCAAGGCAGACAGACUUAUAAAUUACCGUAGGCUACCGUCGUCUUCUAUACAAACAAUAGCUGGAGUGGCAUCGACCAGUGUACAAAAAUCAUGGGAAAUUGCAAGUCAGGUUGAAGGACCUUCAAAUCAACCCCGUACGGUGGUCCCUAAAUCGCCCUUAAUCAAGCGAAGCGUGUUCCCGUCAGUAACGGGAUUGACUGUAAUAAACUCAAUAAACACGUCCACUAUUGUUAAUUACACUUUAUCGAAAACAGUUAAACCAAGUAGUGCUGUCCAUAAAGAAGACAAAAGCACACCCUCGACUAACAGCGACAGACUUUCUUCCGUCGACUCGAAUCUUAAAGUUGCUUUCAACAGAAAGGACCUCCUACGUAUGAUGAACAUCACAGUUUAUGCUUCUCGGUCACAGCCAUCAAAAGCUAAAGUAAAGCCAUCGCCAUUUCAAGGAAAAUCAUACACCGGAGCAUUCCGUUCAGCCUUUCCACUUCACUCUUCAGUAAGUGCGCUCAAAACAAAAAGUAUGGAACUUUCCAGUUCCAAAAACGGUCCUUCCAUUCCAAGUAGCUCUGUUGUCGCUCAUAGAAAUACACUUGGUCAUAUUACCUCUACUUCAUUGGGGAAGACUAGCACACAGCUUAAAGGUAGUUUUAACGAGUAUAAAAGGCAGGAGAUCGCUGGAUUAAACGCUACUUUCACUACUCAAUCUUUUUCAUCAUACUAUAAAGAUACAAAGACAAGAAAGGCAGUUGAAUUAAGCAGCGAUAAAGAAACUGAAAGUAGUAAAAAGUCAAUCGGGACAACCGACGUAUCAAUGAAACCGCUAGCCUCCACAAUGAAAGUCAACAGUAGUCACAGCGUUUCGUUUUUGAGCCAUACUUCCCCGCGAACAAAUGGACUUCUAGACAUUUUGUUCUCACAUUCUUCAUCCUUGUCAUCUAAGAAGAUCAUACACACCGUGAUGUCUAUUCAUGAAAAUACGCGGAUGAAGCUACAACGUUUGACAAGUAACGCCUUCGGGGUACAGACAUUCAGGGCGCGUCAUACAGUGAGCAGGGGUGGCGCGAUUUCAAGCUCUAGUCUACCCUCUACGUCCCAGACAAGAAGAGCUACUCCAAUUUUAGCGUCAUCUAGUUAUUUAGUGGUAACCAGUACCGUUUAUCCAUUUUUUAAGUUUUUCGAGACACCUCUUUUCAGUGGUGAAAAUACACUGCCUGUCGUAGCCACAAAAGCUUUUAUUUUACAAACGAGCACAGACAGUGUCAAUGACCAGUUUGUAUCGUUGAAACGUUUCAAAACCGCAUUGAAUACGAUCAAGACUCCUACAGUUAACAAGAUCAGUAGCAGGACAUCUAUACAAAAUACAAGGACCAGAUCACAGGCUACUUCUUUAUUACAGACGAAGUCUUCCUUAGUUAAUAAAAACGUACUUAUCACCCAGCUGUCUUCAGAGGCUCUUUCUUCCGGGUCAGAGAAAUCUUCAUUUGCCUUGCCGUUGUCCCCUAGUGCAAGUAUACGCGUCCGAAGUUUGCCCGUGUCCAGCACCGCCUUUUAUGAGAGACUUAAUUUCUCCAUUGAUGGUUCAAAGGCAACGCCGAGGAAAGUCGGUAGCCAUUUAUUGGAGGCUUCUUUACAUCUUAAUGUUCCUUCCUCAAACCAUUCAUCAUCAAGAAUAACUAUUGGAGACGUUGGCUACCAUAUAUGGAAUUAUGAAAAACGAACGAAUCAGUCAUCAUCUACUAUAACCAAGAAGAAGCGCGUAGAAAUACCACAUCUUGCGGGUGGUUUAUUGGAAAAAAUAAAAGUGCUGCAUCCUUUAAUUUCGAUACACCAGCAUUCGUCCAGCGGCUUUACUUCGGACUCCACACUAAUAUCAGGAGCGUUACUUGAACAAAUUAGUCUUCUUCGAGCCAUAUCACCUCGAGAACCUUCGGUUACCAUGCCUCCUCGGUUGCCUCUCACUUCAACUGCCCCUGUUGUAACAAAAGUAUUGACAAGUGGGAGAAGACCGAUUGCAAAAUUGGAUAAAGCAGACUCUAUUGGGAUUGUUACGUCCGUAACAUACUUGGCGAUGCUAGGGAACACAAGGAGUGGGUCCUCACAUAACCAAAAAGAAAACUACUUCACGGCUGCAUUAAAAACAAUAUAUGGUGAGUCCAAGGGUUUGUCUAUCGCUGAAGACGGUCGUAAAGCCACGCCGUCAAAGACAUUUUUCACCCACCAUGUUCGGACUUUUUCAAGUUGGGAAAAUACUGGACAUCCCUUACUUCCAUCACGUUCCGAAUCCGUGAAGGUCAGGAGACCGAUUUCGUCUUUCCUGGCUCAGACGUCAAUACUUAUACCCAGUAAGAUGUCGACGUCUUUUCCUACAAGCACUCCUGCACCUCUGAUAUCACAAAAACGACCUGCACCACACUUUGUGAAAGAGGAGCGUUUGGAAAGUUCCAAGGAGACAAGUCAAGUAGUAAAAGCAAUGUUUCGCCUCAGGAACAAAAAACUGCAUUCAGCUGAAAAAACUAGUGACGGAGACAAAGCUGGAAUGUUUGGGUAUUUUGCACAAUUACUUAAAAGCAUCAAAGACAUUCUCACCAAAAAGAGAACCAAACACCAUAAUAAUAUCAUGUCGAAUAGCACUGACGUAAAUGGACUUCACACAAGUUACACGUCUAUGAAGCUUGCAGCAUCUCCUGUUUUCUCAGGGUUAGAUUCUGGUACUAAACAGCGUUUCGACUUAAGCACCGCUCCUCUGAAGACAAUCGUUUCGGGUGCAAUAUUCAAGAAAUCCGCUAAUACGCAAGUGUCCACGUCUCAAUUGAGAAGCAUGUCUCCAACCUCCAUGAAACAAAAAGCAUCAAAGGAUCUGGACAUUUCAAUAGCAAUGCAACCGUUGGGUGAUGUGGCUUUGAAUAUAACUGGUAUACACAAAGCAACUUUAUGUAAGCAUUCGAAAGUGAAUCGAAACUCAACAUUAAGAGGGGGCAUACACGCCGGCCUGAUGAGAGAAAUAGGAAAAGUGAACAGCGACAGUGAAUGCAUUAGCCAAUGUUGCUUUUCAAAAACUUGCGAUGUGGCAUUUUUGCUUUUAAAUCGCUGUUUUCUGAUCAGUUGUAAGAACAGAUCUCUUUGCGAGAGCGUCCCUGCUAAGACUCUUAAGUUCUCACCUAGACUAAUUUACGUACAGAAGAAGGAAAUGCUUCCCAAAGAAAGCAGUGGUCAGACAUCAUUCGAAUCAUCUAACUAUGGCUUUCAAAACGAAAUAACGCUAACAAGUCAUCGAUCUAAGAUAUCCACCUACGGCAUCUCAGCCAGCAUCUCAGCAAAAGCAGGUUCGAGUACAUCAAUUCCUGUUCUUACGGAUGGAAAGCAAGUGCGCUUUUGCGAGACUUCAGUCAUUGAGAAAAAUGUAACUCUUCGUGGUGGAAUUAAGAGUGGACAAUUUACAGAUCAAGGAACUGUUGAAAAUAUGCAAAGAUGUAUUGAACUCUGCUGCAGCAGAGGCAAUUGCAGCGUCGCGUUUAUGCUGUUAAACCGCUGUUUCUCCGUGUCGUGUUACAAUAAUACUCGGUGCACAAGCAUUCCUGCACGUAGUUUAGUUUUUCAGCCUCAGUUGGCCUUUAUUAGAAGAGAUUCACAUUCGGAGGUUUUGCCUUCUCUGCAAUUAAAGAAGAUCUCGAAAUUACAGGUUAGUAGCACUACAUUAUUUUCUACGAGUGAACUCAGAAGAAAAGAAAACACAAGCAGAGUGGUUCAUUCCCAAGAAAACUGUCGAUAUAGAAACGCAGAAAAACAGAUGACUUUACGUGGAGGAUUGAACGCAGGCUCAUUCUUGGAAACUGGCGUUGUUGCUAAUAUCGAGCAAUGCGUCAAUCACUGCUGUCACGCAACUACAUGUGACGUGGCCUUUAUGAUCAUGACGAGAUGCUUUCUAGUCAAGUGCUAUAGCUCCCGCCUUUGUGAAAGUAUUCCUGUGCAAAACGUUGGCUACCUGACUCAAAUAGUGCACAUGUCAAGAGAUGAAACCGCAGUGGUACGAGAUCUUCUCGCGAGGUUGGUAAAACCAUCUUCGCCGAGCUUUAACACCAGAAACGACCUUAAAAGUUCGUCGACAUCCUCAGGGAAAGCCUAUGAAAAUGGUGCCUCUUCAAAGGUAAUUACCCAAUUGGCUGGCAUCCCAGGAAGUGAGACAAGUCACGAACGUUCAAAGCCCAGCAAUAUCGUCUCUGGCCUCCAUAUGGGAUCUGUGUCUCCAACUAUGCCACCCGCUGUACCUGUUGAAGGGGCGUUAAUCGAAUCAGCGAUUGAGCCAGUCAAUGGAAACAAACUUGACAUUGCUGAAUUGAUUCAAACGAAAGGUAUGUCAAGAAGGCGAAACAACACUCGUCAUACACUUCAUAAAACAAUUACGCCAUCGGGACUGAAAGAAAAUCCACCGUUAUCGAGCUCUAGAUGGCUUGAAAACGGGGGAAAUGUGAGUCUAAAAGGACAGAAAUUGGUACCUGCGGGAGCAUUAACGGAAAAUGAAAUAUGUCAAAGUGCAGUUGUUUAUUACAAUGCAACCAUGCGUGGAGGAAUUAAUGCUGGGAUUUUUAAGGACCAGGGACCCGUUCAAAAUAUGCGGAAAUGCAUUGAACAGUGUUGUCGUUGGCAGUUUUGUACUGUAGCGUUUAUGCUCUUGACUCGAUGUUAUACCAUUGCAUGCUACAACGAUCAUUUGUGCGAUCCUGUUCCAGCAAGAAAUGUGACUUUCACACCUAGGAUUGCUUUCAUUUCUCGAGUCAGACGGGAUCAAGGUGACUUCACCAAUAUUUUGAAAAACAUCGCGACACCUUCGCCAGCUCUGCUUAGCAGCACUAUGGAACGCUCGAGUGCUUUAUUCACAGAGUCAAGGUUGCCUUUGAAAAGGGACCAACUUACUAACAGUAUAUCUCAGUCUACAAUGACUUCAUCUGCAAAAUCUCUCCUACAGUCUUCAGAGAUUUAUCCUUCACCGACGCAGUUGCUAUUUUCCAAGUCGUAUACACGUAAAGUAGAAUCGCGUCAUAGUUGCUGGAACAGCGAACAGAAACUCAAUGUAACACUCCGUGGGGGGUUAAACGCGGGACGCUUUAAGGACAACGGGAAGGUUGAGAAUGUGGAACAGUGUGUGGACUUUUGCUGUAGAAAUGAUCAGUGCGAUCUUGCCCUGAUGUUAUUGGAAAACUGUUUCACUGUCGCAUGUCACAACAAAUACCUCUGUGACAGUGUACCUGCAAAAACGGGCAAAUACAAAUCAAGAAUAGUCUAUGUUGAAAAGAUUCGUUUUUCUACGCGUUUGUCGACUCAUCACUCGACAAAAUCCUUAUCUCUACUUGACGCUGCUCUCCCAGCUAUGGGAGGAAAAAGCGAGAUUCUGACAAAUUUUAUUUCAUCGAGUGGAUUAAAUUCAGAGCAACUUGAGCUUUUGUUGCGUCCUUCACCGUCAACUGCAGGUGACAAUGUCGCAAUACGAAGUACGAUUUAUUUAGAAAAGAAAACGUCCAGCACACUUUCUACUGGUAAAAACAUUACUAUUAGCCUAAAACACAAUGUUAAACCAACAAUGGACUCGUCGGUGUCGCACAACCAACAACAAAUUACACCGAGCCUGUCAUCGAAAUAUAUAACAUCAACUGCUAAAGUAAGCUUGUUGUCUUUACCAGCAAUCGGUAUUGGCACAACUACUCCAAGUCAUCACGAGCCAUUUAAAUCAAUGAAAGAGGAGGGAGUAAAUUCGGGGCAAAUACCUGGGCUAGCAAAGACUUCAAAGAACUCUUCACUACUCUCUUUCACUCAUCCCUCCUCGUGUCUCAAUAGCCCGAUCUCUUACAAUGUUACGCUACGCAACGGUAUCCGAUCGGGCUAUUUCCGAGACCAGGGGAGGGUUGAGAACAUGGACGAGUGUUUACACAAGUGCUGCAACUCCGUCGACUGCGAUGUGUCUUUCAUGCUCAAGCAGCGGUGCUACCUCGUCACGUGCUACACCAAAAAAGGAUGUGAGACUGUUCCUGCCAGACACAGCCUGUUUAACCCACGAGUUGCACACGUGCAACGAACCAAUGUUUCCCAGCUGAUGUCAUUCAUGGACGAGCAACAGACAGUGAGGCGCCCUCGCACCGGCACUUCAAGUUAUCGUAUUACACCGUCUUCGACCUUCCCCGUGCCAGUUGAAUCCCUUAGUCACGAGAGUAAACACAGCUUAAAAACCAGGAGAGUAUCAGGUAAAAAGGAAACCACGCGGGUGACGCACCACCGUAAAGGCAAAAAGCGCAAAGUUAAAACAAACAAACUUGAAGAAAUGUUUGGUAACUUAGCAACACACCGCAAAGUGGAGCACGUGACGGUAGCACCACGGUUAAACGAAUCGAAAGCAAAAAGUCCCAGAAAAAAUCGUCCGAAUUCCAAGCAAGAAAAUGGGCCUUCUAAAGUCACCAGAGUUCAACGCUUCAAAAACAAGCUGGAAAAGAAAAAGAGUGAGAAAUUGUCAAACAAGGACUUGGAGCAGCUUUUCCGGCUCAUGAAGCGCAAGAGCAAAAAGAGUAAUCGUGAGAUAUCAGACUUGGCUUCGUUUAAUAAUACGGAAACUUUCGCAAUGAGCUCGAUGAAUCAGCGAAUAAAACCUACUUUUCCCGUGAAAGAGAAAAAUGUACCGUCACAAAAGUCGCACAAAAUUGCCGACAGUGAAAGUAGUUCUGCAUCUCAAGUUAAAGAUCUUUUGCAAGAGGACGGAAAGGCUAAAAAGUCAAGUCCUACGAGUCGUGUUAAAACUAAAAGCAACGGCAGUAAAUUGCCUGAUAACAUUUACAAACCAACUACAGCUGCUUCCGGACAGAUUGUUACGCAGAAACUAAAAUCAAAGAAACAGAAGAGAAUGUUCCAUCAUAAACACGAAUAUCUGACCACAAAAUCCACAGUUCCUUCGCUACCUACACCGACGUCUAAUCUUCAACAAUUUGGUUGCACAGCUUUUAAAGUGGAGUAUAACAAAACGCUGCGGGGAGGUCUCUCUUCAGGCUUGUUUCAUGAGGUUGGAAAAGUGAAUGAUAUAAAAACAUGCGCCCGUCACUGCUGCAAAAGCGCCAUAUGUGAUUUAGCCUUUAUGGUAUUAAAACACUGCUUCUUGGUCACGUGUUCAAGUUCAAACACUCGCCUGUGCGAAAGUACACCAGCCUUGGCUACGAAUUUCAACCCGAUCAUAUCUCGUAUAUCACGUGGUGGGAAGGACCAUGUGGUGGCACUGAUGAAAAACAGCAAACCAGCUCCAACGGUGAAACCUACUUUCCUUCCACCGACACUAUCAGCAAAACGGCCAGUCACGUCAGUGUCAAAAGUCACCGGUACCAUGACCUCUAUGAGUGAACCUCGUCCGACUGUUAAGCGAUUUUCAACGACUGCAAGAGCUACAGGUGUUGGAUAUAAUAGUUCAUUGCACUUUAUUGCAAGGCUGCAUUCCUCGUUAGGCUGCACUGCGUCCUCAACUGAGCAAAAUGUUACUCUUAGGGGUGGUCUACAUGCGGGAAAGUUCUUAGACGCGGGUAAAGUGAAGGAGUCAUCAGCAUGCACUGAGGUGUGCUGUAACGCCAGCAGCUGCGACGUGGCGUUUUAUGCUUUCAGUCGAUGUUUCCUGGUGACCUGCUUUGACGAGUUUCUCUGUUCAUCAACGCCAUCUUUGUUGCCAAAUUUCAAUCCAACAGUUACUCAUGUUUAUCGCCGUCAUUUCAAACCUACGCGUAAACCUGUAACAACUGUACCUGCUAUAAAUGAUGUGUUCCAGGCGAUUGAAAAUAACACCGAACCCAAGUUAAAACUUGAUGGUAACAAAAAGAAAACCUGCAAACAUUCUGAAGUCUUUGACGAUGUAACCCUUAGAAUGGGCUACAACGCUGGGAAUUUCACCUCGCGAGGAAAAGUCAACCGUACAAGCCAGUGCGUGGAGUUUUGUUGUAAACAGAGCCCUUGUGACUUGAUUUUUAUGUUUCUUGAUAACUGUUUCACAGUUUCGUGCACAAGUGGUUAUGCAUGCGGAAUUGUGCCAGCACGACCGUCGCAUUUUAAGCCUAAGAUCGUUUAUUUCCAGACGAAUAACUCCCGAACGACCAUAAAACCAUCUGUUUUUAACUCCACUAUUUCUGGUAUUAAUGGUAUAGAAAAACAACCCGCGAAUGUUGUUCAUUACAAGGAGGUUCCAUCCAGCAAGAAAAAUCGGAACUCAUACAAGAAAGAUUUUAGCCUGAUGAACAAAACGAUUCAAACAAUCGACGAAGAAUUCGUGAUUGAUCCCGACGAUAAAAUCACAACUCGCAAUCUAAUAAAAUCAACUGGAAACGGAGUUAUUCAUGUGACAAGUCACAACGCUAGUGAUCAUUCAUCUGAUAAAAUUAGCCUGCGUAAUAAAACCAAGCAUCGAAAAGAGAGCCUUGAGGUCAGCGGGAUUGAAAAUACUAAUGAAAGCAAAGCAGAAAAAAGGAUGGAUAUGAUGAUAAAGAAAAUAGCCGAUGUAAGAGAGGAGAAUAAACACCUUGAAAGAGAAAUUCGCAUUCUUCUUCGAAAUCAGAGCAGGACGGAGCAGAAGAAGACGGUUCCAUCUUUGGGAUUGUCAGUUAGUGAGAGUAUAGAAGGAAACUCCACGCCGUCUUUGGCGAAGAAAAAGCCAAAAAACAUCAUUCCAAACAAAAAGAAGAGUGAAUUACGUCAUAAUGAUAGCUGGUCCGAGAUUACCUCCAACGCCACAAAGAGAGUUGUUCUUGUGGAUACAGACAGACCACUUGUAUAUCCUCCCACAGAUGAACACAAUAUCGAAGAACACAAGAUUCAAACACUCCAUGGAAAAGUAAAUUCAAAAAUGCACCAUUUGAAUACGCUAUCAGCAGAAAGAGGAAUCAAGAAGCAACACGGCUUUCCUAAGAACGAUUCGAAACAGCUCAAUUCUACCAAUGAACAUUUUAUCGAGGAACGAGUUAUUUAUGAUACAAAUGGAACAGCCUUAGGUCUAAACACAACGAGAAAGCACCCGGAUGUUGGAGUUGAAGAAGGAUUGGAAAGCAAGUAUGGGCAGCCCGGCCCAGACAAAGAUGAAGAUGAGUUGGACGACACAACAGACCUGAAUACAGACAUCCAAGCAAAGCCGGAGGAAGAAGUUGCAUUGGAUAGCUUCGGAAGCAAAGCUAGCGAUGACAUGAAAAGCAAGAGCGAUGAUGACUUUCAGAUUGAAAAUCAGACGGACUCAUUGAAACAUGAGAAAAAAGUAUCAGUUAAGUCGCGGAAUAAAGAUAGAGAACGCAUGGGGGACUUGAACGACCAAGGCAGCGAAAAGGAACCAAAUGGGCCAGAGGAAAUCACAAUUGAAGUAGAAAAGGAACCCAUGAAAUCCAGUGAGCAAUUAAAAAUCAAUUCGUCACAUAGACUCGAAAAUCGCACCGAAAGCUUCAAGCAGGAAGUAGAUCAAUCAAAACAAUCCGACUUUCAUCUAGAUGAAAACAGCAAAAGGGAGAAGGAAAAAGAUGAUAACUUCCGCAAUGAGAGUCAGGAACAGCUAAAUAAACCAGAGAGACCUUCUUGGACUGGCUCGAAGCAAAAGAGUAAAGAAAAAAUCGACGACUUUAACCAGCGAACAGUAUCAAAGCAUCGGUCAAAUUUCAAAGUUAAUCAACCGAAAGAUAACAAAGCUGAGCAAGAAAAAGAAUUCAACAUUCAAAGUUCAUUACCUGAACAAUCAGAACAGUCGCCCAACUUUAAUCUACAACAAAAUAAUAAAAAGGAGAAAAAAACCAAUGAUGGCUUUGUCGUUGAAAAUGAAAACCAACUAAAGAAACCAGAAAGACUUGCUUGGAUGGUUUCAAAGCAGCAAAGUAAGGAAAAAAUUGGCGAUUUGAACCAACAAACAGUGUCAAAGCAUCGAUCAAAUUUUCAUUUUGAUCAACCGGAAAAUAACAGACAUGAACAAGAAUUCAACAUUGAAGGGAUAUCACGUCGUCAACAUUCAAACCAGUCCGACUUGCAUCUUGAUGAAAACAGACAAAAGGAGAAAGAAAAAGAUGAUAGCUUCAGCGUUAAAAAUGAAAACAGGCCUAAGAAACCCGAGAGACCUACUUGGAUUGGCUCGAAGCCAAAAAGUAAAGAAAAAGUUAACGACUUUAACCAACAAGUCGUAUCAAAUCAUCGAACAAAUUUCGACGUAGAUCAACCGGAUGAAAACAAAAAUGAAGAAGAAUUCAACCUUCAGAAUGUAUCACGUGAACGGAUGAGACCAGAAGAUAAAGUUUGGAUUAACUCGAGCAAUGAAACCAAAGAUGGUUUGAAAAGUUUUCAUGAACAGGUAGUUCCAAAACAUGGGCCGGAUUUCAAAUUCGAUGCUGAAAGGAGGAAAAGCGAUGAUUACGUUAGCAAACAAGAAGGGAACUUUGGGGUGACCUCAAGACACACAAAUAAAGAUCACCUGACAAGUUUUCACGAGCAAAUAGCUCCUACGGAUAAGUUGCAUUUUGAAUUUAGCAAGCCAAAAGAUAACGAGGAUACCAGUCAAAAUGAAGUCCAUUUUAAAAUCCAAGAUACGGAUAACAAACAAGAAGGCAAAGUUUGGGACACUACCAGGAAUAAUAAUAAUGAUCGUCUGGUGAGUUUCCCCGCGGAGCAGAAAACUCCUGCAAGCAGGGUUCAUUUCCUAUUUGGUAAUCACGGAGAGGGGACGAGUAAAAGUGAAUUUCGAUCUGAAAAGCAACACGAAGUAGCGGGUACUGAACCUGAAGAAACAAAUAGCAAACACGUCGAGAAAAUAUCCCUGCAAAGUAAGGCGAAAAGUGCCUCUGAGCCUCAAUUUACCACGUUUGACUCCGAACCAGAGUUAUCCAAUUUUUCUCAGGAAGACGUAUCAUCGAGUGAACAUAACAUCAAACAACUAGUUUCUUUGAAGAACGACUCUGGGCACAGCAUUAACAAAGCAAUAAACGUCAACGCGAAUUCAUCUUUCCCUCAGUAUGUCAGACAAGAAGAGCCAGAAAGGUCACGACAAAGAAGGCCCGAGUUAAACGCAAUUUUCGACAAAAUAAAUGAUAUCUACAGUCGCUUACAAGAUCUUAUUGAGGGGCGUUCUCAAAGGACAAAAAAUGCAACCGAUAGGAAGAAGGUAGUAGUUGUGAACUCCAGGAGACGUGAAGAACUUAUACCCACGGUACCCUCGGUAUUUUUUAGUAAGCCUACUUCCCAAAGCCUAAAAAGUAGAAGUAAGGGAGGGAAAGCAGUCAAUGUUAACUCCAGAAGGAGAGAAGAACUUAUACCAACGCCUCCAAGAUCUACUCAGAAGACUUCUUUGUCUCACGAGAAAGAAGCAGCUCCGUUUCCCACGAAGAAAAUAGGAUUGGUCAAAGACUAUGCGACAGACAGCGACAAAGGCUCUGGGAUGUCCUGGAAUCACCAUAAAGAAACACUCAUGAAUUAUAUUAAAACCAUUUACAGUCGAGUGCAGGAAUUAUACAACAGAAAAAAGAAGAAUGCUCGCUGGCGAAAGAAAGAUCACCUCUCUGUUUCUUCGGAGAAAGGAAGGAAAGAAAGAAAAUCUGGUAAAAAGAGAAAUCGCUCUAGGAUAGCGAGAAAGCACCUGCGAAUACCUGUUGAGGAGGCGAUGAUAUUUAAAGAGAUGAAGACAAUAUAUAACAACAUGAAGAAAAUAUACCAUCAGCAAAGGAAAGUUCAGAAGAAUUCUGAAGCGAUUGCUAGAGAAACCAAAAAACAGAGUCAGAGAUCAUUUAUCCCCAGAAGUUCAAGACUUCAGAAACCUGCGACGAAGACAAGCAGGCCACUGAGUGCUCUGGAUCCUAAUAAUAAGCCAGCUCGCCCGCUGAACAAAAGCAUCGCGGAAGCGUCAGAAAAACCACAUGCUCAAACGACUGGUAUGUACCCGCCAUGCAUUGUCUGAUUUUAUAGAUAACCAUAAGCGGAAAAGAAAUGAGAAAGUACUGAAAACAGGUGAACGUAGUCAUAGAUCUGCAAGUGUGGCUUACAGAUCUAAAAGUUUAAUUGCUUACUGGCUAAAAAGAGAUAAGUUGAACUGGAACUUGAAUGCGUUAAAACGGAAGAACCGAGGAUAUUUUGGGGUAAUUAGACAGAGCUUUUGAUCCAAUAUUUUGACUUAAGAAGCGUUUGUCGGGACGAAUAAGUUAGUUUUUAUCUUAACCUAUUUAAUUUUUUAGCCAGUGAAUGACGCGGUGCUCCUCGCAUUUUUCUAGCGUUUUCUUUUUUUUCAAUAUUGCCCUUUUGUCUCGAAGUUAUUGUAACCCAGUGGUGUUGUCUCAAAUUGCUUCACUAUAUCGUUGACAUUGUGAUUUGAUUAUAUAGCAAUAUUAUGACAUUUCCUUAAGACAGAUUUUCCUUUGUUUUUCGUUUAAGUUAACCUUUGGUUGAUUCUGUUUUUAUUUAGAUAAUGGAGAUUUGAAAAUCUACGAUACCAUUAGUGAAAGAGGUACAGAACGCAAGGACACAGGAUCUCAUGGAGUGUUUACCAGCGUGAUCAAAGGAGGCGCCAUUUCUUCCAGUAACCAUGCUUCUUUUCAUCCCACCGUCAACCAGUCGUUCAUUAAUAAAAUUGUCGCAGAGAUCGAAGCUAAACAACCAGUUAUUGGCUCAAUCAGGGACAAUAAGAAGACAACAACGAGCUCUGCCAAUUCUGCAAAGGUUAAUACUCAGAAGUCCGAUGCUUUAGAACAGCUGAUUGAUAAUGUGGCCGACAGCGUGGUCAAAGAAGUUACAAAGGAGUUUACAAGUGAAAGUAACAAGCCAAGUAGACGUGUCACGGUUCCUAAACCCCCACGUCGCAAGAAAAAACUUGAAAUACGUAUGCCCCUUCUCAACGAUCGCCGGAGUAAAAAGAACCACAAAAAAACGCCUCAGGUCUGGAGAGACAUCGCCAAGACUUUAAUCUCCAGUGGCGAACAUGACCUCUCUCCGGAGAUGGACCGCAGCGACGAAAUAAUUGACCACGCGUCGAUUGGUUCUGCUACUGAGAGUCCCCCAUCAUUUACAGUCCCUACACAACAAUCCAUUGCACAUCCACCAAAAUCUUCCUUUGUAAGAUACAAAUCCCGCAGGCCAGAUGCCGAGCAGCCGGGUCGAGAUGAUAUACAGCAGCUUUUUAACUCCAAAAGUCAUUUGAGGUCUAAACCCCGUUUAAGAAAAAAGAAGCCAAUGACACAAAGAGGGAAGAAAAAGCUUACCAUUCCGGCGUCUAGUGAAGGUACGAAUAUGAAGAAUGUAUUGUUAGAUUCCCAAAGAAAUGUGUUACUAUGAUCGGCCUAGCGACUGAUCUAAAUCUCCUUAAAGUUUGCACCCUAUGUUACGUCCUUACUUUACUGAGUUAUAAUGCCCAUGGUGGAAAUCAACAGUAAGAGCGCGCAGACACUUUUGGACAUUUUAUCCAUUAAAAAUACCGCGUGUCUUUAAUAACGCGACAUUACACGAGAACACUUUCCCUCGUCCCUUACCAUACAUAGUUACGUACAUUUUCAUUGUAAGCUAUAUUCAGUUUACUUUGUGAAAUACAAAAAUAAGUAGUUCCAGAUUAAGUUACAUGAUGAAGUUAAUUUAAACGUUAUUGCGGCUGUACCAUCGAAGACAUUGUAAUUUACAACGUGUCUACUUAAUAAAUUAAUUGAUCUUCUUGUGUGUUCAUAAGUAAGCAAUUUUAAGCAGAUAAGUUUUAGAGUGUGUGCUAUAUAACCUCUUGCCGUCCAAAAACAUUUGCAUUAAAGUUGGCCUAAAUAAACUUGUUUUUAAUAACGCCUUGACUUUUUUUCCUGUUCUCUUUGCACGUCGUCUUUUAUUGCGAUGGUGUUUCCAUACACGACAAUGACAGAAUGAAUUGGUGGCAAGAAGUUACUUAUAUAGCCAGGAACAGAAAACUAGAACUUUUCAAUAGAAAAUCUACCUAGAAUAUCUUUAUGACAUUCGACUGAAGAGCUUGACCGGUUAGCAUAACAUUGUAAGAGAUCUUUAAGACCUCUUGCAUUGUUAUGCUGCCCGGGAAAGCUUCAUGUACGUUGGAGAAUCGCUUAUCGACUUAACAUUGUAAGUUAACUACUCCUUUUUUACAUUCCCUACCAAUGUGUAUGGUAACGCAAUAUUCUUAAACGUAACUUGUGUGCUAAAAUUAACUGUAUAGUAUCUUACUAUAAAGAAAUUGUUCUUGCCCUGCAUACCUGCAGUAAGACAUCAUGAAAUUCCUAGCGCAUUUAUAGUAUUGCGAGUACACCUUUAUCUGGGCGUAUCUACUGGCGGCACGAAGAUUUCUGGAUACCACUAAGUAACUCUAAAGUGUUUUUAUCUAACGAUUUAACAAAUCUCACUUUAUUUUUGUCGUUUUGUAUUGUACUUAGAUUCAUAGCGAGAAACGUUUUGCCAACACUUCGAUGUCCCCAUGACAUAAUUUUCAAGUGACAAAAUAAACCAAAAAUGACUAAAUACAUACAAAAACCAAGGUAUCAAGUUUGCACGUGUAAAUGGAUUAAAAUUAGCUUUGAAUGAAGUUUGGCGACAUCGGAAAGUUAUGCAAAAGUGAGUGUGAGCUGCUAAUAAAAUGAACUUAGAUUCCUGCCUGAAGAAAAGGCAUGUAGGGCCUCAAAUAAUCGCCUCACGUGAUUUUGCAUGGUUGAGUUUCUUUGUUAUGAACGAUCACCCCCAAACAGCGUUUGUUCACAAGGAAUUUUUUGUUUUCUAUCCCAAAGGUAACGUUGCAUAUCUGGUGCUUCACAUUGGAUUUGAAAGCGUUAAAAAUCGCACAGCCCUUGACAACUCUGGCAAUAACAACAACGCCAUCCUUAGCCCGGAAGUACGGCUAUCUGUUACUGAAUCGAAAUGUGGUUCUGCCGUGACCUUGCGGGGUGGACGCCUCCUUUUCCCGCGUUUCAACAGCCGACCGCGCGAGGCCAUCACGAUUGCGUUAUGGUUAAAGCUCGACUCAGUAUCCGGAACUGCCACUUUGUUUAAAACGACGGGAUCUGGAGCCAAGUAUAAUUUACACGUAGCCGAUGGGAUCGUUCGUUGGUCUCACGUUGAUGACUUGGGCCACGUCACUUUUAGCAUGGAAACGAGGCGGAUGGUGGAUCCCCUUGACUGGUUACACGUAGCUGCGACGUAUGAUGCCCAUAUCAAUAAAAGCAAGAUCAUCCUGAAUGGAGAGGUCUUCGAUGAAAGAGAGGGGCACGGAUUACUGUCACAGAACUGGGAUGGCGAAGUAGGAAUCGGAAUUCCCGGGGGUAUCCAAGGGCUUAUGGAUGAGUUCUAUAUGUAUAACCACGCCCUUGCAGCGUCAGAUCUGGGAGAUUUGUCAGAAGAAUGUAACCCUGGAGCAGGUAACAUAUGUUUUAAGCAACUCUUGACCAUUCUGUUGUAUCAUGACUCACCGUAAGUUCAUCUUUGACAAGAUUAGGCAAUCCUUUAAGAAGAUUAAAUGAAGCCAUUAUCCUCCAAUCUAUAAGCGCAAAAGGGGGAUCAUUAUAAUUAUUUGCAGCCGUCCGUAUAAAUUCUCAAACUCACCAUAUGAGCUAAGUUAAUAUUUAUAUAACUCUUUGGAGUUAAAUAGAUCAGCAUAAGCGAGAAACUGAGGAGAAAGCAAUCAUGGUGUUUAUUAUGCAUGCGUCUCACGUUAGUCAAUUUUUUUUUUUUGUCCCUGCAUUCUUUUGUAAAGAUUACGAUCUAUAAUAAAAAAAAAACAUACAAAAGACAGCAGCCAUUGGUAAUUCAGAUACUGAGUCAAAAUAGGAAAAUUAGUUACACGUUAUGGCCUGUAAAGAUGUUACAAGCCCUUGUCCUAACAUGCCUUAGCGUUAUCUCGUACUCAGACCCCGCUGUUUAGUACGCUUAGUUGAUCUGAUUGGGAGAAUCGAAUAGCCGUAGAGAGAUAAGAACACCUGGCAAGUAGCUCUAUAACUCGAGAACGUUUUUGGCAAUAGACAUUAAGCAGGACCUUUUAAGGUGCUUUCCUUUGGCAUUAUUCGGAUAAGGAUUCAUGAUCCAAGAUCCAAAAAUACCGAUGAAUCCGCGUCCAGGUGAAAUUAAGUGCUUUCUCUGACGCACCAAGAUCUGAGUGAUCUCGGAUCAUAAAUCCCGAUCCUAUGAUCAUCCCAAGGAACGCACUCAAAGUUUUGUAACCUUUGAAGUCUUACAAUAAGAUUGAUCUGUUUAAAGGUGGAGCCAUUCCUGUACAAGAAGGAAGUUAUGAUGGCCUCAUUCCGGAAAAGAUGAUUCAAGAUGCGAUGUUGUUCCUUCAUCCUAACGUUACAAUGUCCACAAAGCAAAAGAAGCCUACUUCCACUACUCUUGCAGAAACUCCUACCACGGCGAGGCCACUGACAAGCUCCACAAGGCAAACUACCCCAACGACCACACCGUCUACCACAACAGCGACAACAACUUCUAAGUCAACCAAUGUAACUCCAACGGCAAGAACGACUCUGUUGUCUACUACAUUACGGAAACCUACGUUAAAUGUACCAUCUACAACACUCAUUGAUAAGAAGCCUGGGAUAAACAGUGUUUCACCCACGAUUACCUUACAUGAAGAACCAAACUGUCAACAAGGGAUGGUUUACUUUAACAGCGAGUUAAGGGGUAGAAUGAACGCGGGUCUAUUCAUAGAUUUGGGCAAAGUAAGAGGCUCUGCUAGCUGCCUGAAGCUCUGCUGCGAGAUAGCUUCAUGUGAUCUUGUUUUCAUGACUCGUGAUAGGUGCUAUGCUGUAGACUGUUUCAACAAUGAGCAGUGUGAGCCUGUACCAUCGGUGCCCUACAGAAAUGACAUACCCAGUGUUUACUACGUCACGAGGAGUGGUAUUUCUAUCUUAGACCAAGGUAAGUAUUUUGUUAGAUUGCUAAAAUGUUGCAGACCUAAGGUGUGAACAGUAGUAGUGACAACUAUAGAGGUAGCUGUUUUACUUACUUUCUCAUAUGUAAACCCAAGGGCUUUUCCUGCAAAGUAAGCGCAAGCUUUUACCAAGCCAGGAACCCCUUGGGACCCAUAUAAGAGGUACAAGCGGGAUGGGACAUGAAAGUAAAAGAACUUUUGUGUACCUCCCUGCGAGGACCCUCUUUCCAUACAUGCACUUAAUUUUUAAAGAGACAUCUCCUGCAAACAGCAGUAUCCAAUGACAAAGGAACUCUUUUUAAUGUACCAGACAAAACUGACGAUUUUCCGCUAGUUAUAAUUUAUUUCGUUACAUAAAAUAUGAAUUGAAAUUAGCAAUGUUCAACACGAGCGGGAAACUGGUACUACUGAUUACCGUAAAGGCUCUAGGGAUCGUCUAGAGGGACAGCAAAGGCAUGGCGGAUAGUGGCAAGCCACCUGUUAAAGACGCUUUUAAGGUUACUGUGACUGAAGAAGAACAAUUAUUGCAGUUUGGAACACAGCACUUGUAGCGCGACAUGUUUCUUGAUCUUUAUGCUGUCCAUCCAAACGAUCCCAAGAAGCAUUGAGGUCGCAUAUCGUAUCCAGUUUUAACACGUUUUAAAUCAUGUUAUGGCCGAGACAAUUAUAAUCUACCUUGUGUUCCUCACAGAAAUGCGAAAAUUGGAGAAUCCGACCACCCCAAAACCCACCGCACCACCUCCGACAAGAAGAAUAACAGCGAGUGACAUGUUCCUUCCAUAUCAGCCAAUUUCCCCCCGACCCACGCACAGUUCGUCGGCCACAAGGCAAUUCUGCGCCCAGGGGAUGUUCUUCUACAGUGUAAAGCUUCGUGAUGGCUGGAAUGCAGGUAUGCGACUUCAGGUCGUUCCUGUGAGAAGCAUGGCAGAAUGCAUCGAAUUGUGUUGUGAUGAGCCCGCCUGCGAUUUUGUCAUGUUAAAGAAGAGGAAAUGUCAUACGGUGCGAUGCAGAGUUGGCGAUGCUUGUACGGUCGAGGAAGGAGGGGAUUACCAGAUCUCGUUUGUCAGCAGACAAGGUAAGAAAAUGCAGAACAAGAAAAUACAAUGCUUUGCGCACUGUUUUGUCGCGUAGAUACACGCUUGUGUUGAAAAUAAGUUGAAAAUAGUUUUCCGAGAACUUUUCUUUUUGUAAACUUGAGAAUCAUAUCCCGGCGGCUAGUUAAAAAACUUUUUGAAUGUUGGAGGGUUGAGUUUUUCUGUUUUGUUUUAGAUUUGUUUGUGUUUGUGUUUGUGCAUCCGUGAGAUAACCAUUCCCCUACAGUGGGGCUCUGAUAAAGUAAGAGGGCAGAAUAUGAUCUUGUCAACUUUAGGUGUUUGCUCUUUAAUUGUUUCUAAGAAUUAUAUCACUGUCUUGUACGACCAGUGUCUUGCCUUCCCUUCCGGUAAGUUGCUCUUAGUAUAGUGCCUUAUAAUCAUGCAAUGAAUUUUUGUAGCUAUGGUCGAAGACGAAGAUGUGUCCCCACCAACACCCACUCCUCUACCCCUUAGUCCUCUUGGUGGAAAUAUGGACGUUCUGCCUGGUGAUCACAUCCAUUAUCUUUCCCUGUACCUUGGAUUUGAUCACGUGAUCGGCUCCGUGGCAGUCGAUGGAUCUGGCCUUAAUAACGAUGCAAGGUUGACUCAAGGUAAUUACUUCAAGAACUUUGUGUUCUUUUCAUAAGAGGCCAAGCUAUCAUUACAUCAAACGAUUCCCUUCUUUCUUGUGCCAAUAAGUUGAAUUAAAUGUUCGAAAAGAUAGAUAAAAACCGGGUCGUAAUUCGUUUGCUUUUUAGAACGGUGCCGUCAUCUUCUUCAGUUAUAUCGGCGAUCUCUUGGAAAAAAAAUAAUACCCUAGGUGCCUCGGUUGUGAAGAAACGAACGAAAGAACUAACCUGUUUGCUGUGAAUUUUUUGUUGAAUGGAAGGCACUGAGCUUUGCACUAAGCGCAAAGAACUGAGCACCUUCUCAUAACGCUGAUUUCUCAUGUAAGCGUUAUUUUUGUUUUUUUUUUUUGCAGGUGCUGAGGUAACAACCCCAGGGAAGCGUGGUGCUGAUAUUAAGCUGAAUGGCGGCGAAAUUCUCCUCGAUGGUCAGCACUUCCGCGAGAAGCCACAGGAGGCGGUCACCAUUGCAUUAUGGGUAAACCUCUGGAGGACCGGUGGAGUACAUUCCAUGUUUGACACCAUCGGCGGUCAUUCAAUCCACAACAAAGGACAGUACCACUUUGAAGUGUUCGACGGAAGGGUGAGAUGGUUCCAUCGGAACGAGUACGCUCAGGAGAUCUUCCAUAUAAGAACUCCUCCAAUACUGCAGCCCAACCUGUGGUAUCACGUCGUUGCCACGUACGACUCUCGCACUCAUCUCGCCAGGGUAUUUCUCAACGGUGAUUUAGUAGGGGAGGGCCACGGCAGCGGCUUGCUUUCCCUAGACUGGGAGGCUAAGGCAGGCUUUGGUUCUCAUUCUGGUCGCAGGAUUUUACUUGGUUAUAUGGACGAGAUAUACAUCUUUAGACGAGCCCUCCAGGAAAAGGAGAUAGACCGAUAUUUAGAAAACUCGAAAGGCUAUUCGCAACCACAGUCGAAUUCUGAUCUUAUAAACAGUGAGAGUUACUCUGACAGUUUCCCUGAUAUGAAUACCAACUCGGUCUGGUUUUCACAGCCUUACAGUCAUUUGACCGAUGCUCCUUUUGCAAAGCCUAACAGUGCCUUACAUUAUGAGGAUCAAAUGGAAGGGCCUACAAACGCUAGAACUACAGGUUCGGCUAUUGUUAGUGCUGUAAGACCACCGUCAAUCCCCUCCAAAGAAUCCCAAACUACACCUAUGACAACAACUAAAGAACCUGAAACAACCACCGCUGCGAAAGCUACAGAGAAGCACAACAAUCAAUCCUCUAAGGUGAUAACGACAACUAUGCCUCCAACGACCACACCAUCGACGACCAAACCAACGUUACCUAAAAUUAAACCUACCAAAUCAACGAAUUCAAGCGUCCACUCCAUGUGUAAAAAAGGAAACGUGUACACAGACAGAGAUCUUGUCGGUGGGUUGGGAGCUGGGAAUUUUUCUGACAAAGGACCAGUUCGUUCUAUUGAUGAGUGCAUGGAUAUCUGUUGUGGUUUGGAAGAAUGCUCUGUUGCAUAUAUGGUCGAGAACAACUGUUUUGCAAUUAGUUGCAAGGAAGAAAAACAGUGCAAGGCCUUUGUGAAGAGUCCUAUGGAGAAUACCCCUGUAAUUGGAUUCAUUGAGCGAUACAGACUUGGGGGUAAGUUUUGUCUUUUUCCGCGAGAAUUGCUGAGGGCACAGGGAAAACCUCGAUAUAAUAGGGGGCCAAAGGACUGGCCUAAUAUGUUCCCCAUAACGAGGUUUCUUUAUAUCGUGGUUCUCUUCCAUAUAUUUUACUAUUAAUGGGGUAAAGAAUAUCAUUCGUUAUACCGACAUCUUCGUUAUGUAGACGUUCGUUAUAUCGAGGUUCCACUGUAGUUUGUUUGAGUUGAUGUCUUACGAAUUUACAGUUCUCUAAACAAUUGACAGUCUUGUCUCUCAACUUUAACCUCAUGCUCAUCUGUGGUAUUAGCCCGCAAUUCCCAACGCAUCCUUUAUUCAAAUGUUCCCUUUUAGCAUUUGACUGGCAGAAAAGUCUUUAUUUUGUCGUUAAAAAGACGUUUACCAAAUUUUAAGCUCUGAUCGUCAUUCGUUUUAACCUCCAGAAUCGACCUUAUCUCAUGCUGAAGCGGAGGAAGCAACAGAAAUGCAUACUCCCUCGGUCAACGACCUUCUCAAAGAGCCAGAUUCCAAUCUUAAGACUUCUUAUACAGAAGAAGACCAAGGCUCAGCAUCGAACUUGAUGAAGUUGCUGAUAACAACGAAACCCACCCCAAGCACAACGUUCCAACCCACAAUGUCCAGUUGUACCCACAGUAAACUAUAUCGUCACGUGACUCUGGUGGGCGGACUUCGCGCGGGUAACUUCACACGGAUGGCAGAAUUUACGAAUAUGAAUGAAUGUGUCCGAAGAUGUUGUUCAGAGAGAUCAUGUGAUGUUGCCAUUCUUUUGAGAGACACGUGCUUUGCGCUUCAAUGCUCAAGCCCUGAACUUUGUAGCGCCAGACCCUCUAGGUUGAGGAACUUCUCUCUCAAAAUGAUAUACAUGUACAAGAAGAAUGGAAAAGGUUGGUACUUAUCUAUUAAAACUGUGAAUAUUUCUAAAGUUUUUGCCAAUGGGAAGUAAAAGUAACCACCACCAGGGAAGCGGUCAACCUUAUUGUGAUAACCCUCCUAAAAUUUUAAGCAAUAGUGAAUACCAUAUGCUUCUCUUUUAAGUGACCACCCCCAAGUUCAAACAAGAUUGGGACUUCCUCAUCUUGUAGUUAUGUUCACAGACGCUAUUAGGGACCUUAAGCAAAGACGUUUUUGAGCCACGCACGUCAACCGGAAGUGAGCCGUUCUCCCUUUUUAUAUGCCUUGACGCUAACAAACUUGUAUUGCUGAGUUUCUUUUCUCUUUUAAAGACGAUUUACCUGAGAGUUUCAACCAAACCAUUCCCCAGUGAUGCAAAAAGUCCACUUCCGGUUGACGUCCGUCGCUCAAAAACGCUGCUGCUUAAGCUCCCUAUUUUUCCUUCUUGUUGACGUUGACGUUGUCGUCGCCAAAAAGUAAACUUCUUACGCAGUGAGAGGUGGUUCUUGGAGAAAUUUUGUUUGUUGAUGCUAAUACAAAAAAAGUACACUGACUUUACGUAAAGCGAGGUUAUUUGGCAAUUAAGUUCCAGCAGCCUUUUGUUGUUUUUGUUUGUUGUUGUUUUUGAUUGUUUGUUUAUUUCUUCGUCAAAAGUUAACCAUAAGUUACCAACUCUUUGGCGAAAGUAUGCCGAUCGUCUAUUUUUUUCAUCUUCUUUUCAGCUUGGGUCAAGACUACGCAAACCCCGAAAACAACAGAGCCAUCCUUGCAGGACCUUCUUGGUGAGGUUAAGCCCACACAGUCUCCAACAACUCCACCGUCCCUAAACAACAUGCUGGGAAUCCCUCGCGUGGAGAACAGUCACGUGACCACCCCCAGACCUUCAACAGAGUGCUCUCAAGGACUGACCAUUACGAAUGUCAUACUGAACGGCGGUAUGGGAGCAGGCGAGGUUGCUCAGUUCCCCCAAAUAGGCGACAUACAGCUAUGCAUUGAGAAAUGCUGUUUGUCCGCGACAUGUCAUCUGGCUUACGUUAUUCAAAAUGUCUGUUAUACCGUGACCUGUUUUAGUCGUGAUCUUUGCCGAACGCGCCCGAUUGAAAACACGGCAAUAAAUUCAGCGAUUUCGUACAUUACGAGAGGUGAGGUGGCCAUGUUUAGCAGUGCAGCGGAAGCCAGCGUUGCAAACCUUGGCAACACUACUAUCGAGCCGAUGGAAAAGCCUCGAGUUUCCCCGACUGCAAGUGUGAAUUUAAUCUGUCAGAAAGACAAGACGUUUUACAACGUACAGCUCAAGGGAGGCCAAAACUCCGGUGCGUUUACAGAAAGAGGACUUGUACCAGAUAUCAGCCAGUGCGUUGGAUUAUGCUGUGAGGAUCAGUCAUGUGACUUGGCCUACACUGAGGGACAGCGGUGUUACACAGUUAAAUGCUACAACCCAGACACCUGUCAGCUGAUAGAGGCCAGUCACCUUUCAGUGGGGACUGCUAUGGCGUACGUUGUUAGACUGACAAACAAGGAUGUUAUGCAAGGUAUGCAGGCUCUGAUGUUUUGUUGCCUGAGGGCGUUGACGUCUAGUGGAACCUGCCAAUUCGAUGCUCAACGAGAAUUAAAAGUAGUUCCGGUAAACUGGGCUUUAAGCUUCCGUUAAAAACUUAUUAAGAUUUUAUUACUUGCUGUAGGUUAACAAAGUCAAGCCCUUUUAAAUGCUGUGAGGGAUUUACUUUAGUUUUUUCUAACUGAAUUUGGUCAUACAUGAAUUGUUGGUGUCAACUUUGACAAUAGUGGCAUGCUCUAAAGAGAUUCUAGGGUAAAGCUGCUACAAAAACGUUUGAAUGCCGACAACCACAGAACCCAGAGUUAACAUCAUCCGAUACGUCUUACUGUAAAGUGCAAAUAGAUUUUUUACUAGGCUGUUUCCUAGUCCUCUACAAGCCUCUUUUCGUAAACGAGGGCAAGUGCGAGAUCAUUGAUAUCAAAAUAAUGCAAAUGAAACUAAAUUUUGUAGGGGACGUAGGGUUUUUUCUUGGUCUCGUUUUAAAAGUGAGGGCAAUGGCUCAUUGCAAGGCUCUUAGAUUACGUGUGGUCUCCUAUAAACAUCUGAGAUGUGCAUGCGAAAGUUUAUCUGCUUUUCUGGCACUUUGAAACUUUCUUGCCAAUAUUUCAAACUUAGGUCAAUUUCAAGCAAGUUUCAUGCUAUGUGUCUUUAAAACAUCGAUAAAACCGGUACUUAAAAGUAGGUGGUAACUAGUCCGAUGAGAAAACAAAUUAAUGUGUUGCAUAUUUUACAGUUUCCUCACAACCAACCGAGCCGACGACAAAGAAACCAGAAACUACAAAAAUGAUGACAACAGAGGCGAUCCUAACGACAGAAGGUGAGCUUAAUUACUUGAAGUUAAAGACCAGUCCUUGGUCAUAGUUAAAAAAAAAAAACGAUUUAUCAACGAGGACACUGAUCUUUCAAAUCAAGAUUUAGCAACUUUUUACUUUUUCGUGUCAUAAAAAUGAUAAGGUAAUUUUCUUUGUCUUCUUUUUAGCUGUUUUGCUUGCUGACAACAAACACAGGAAUCAAAAUGAAGAAGAUGCGAAGCGUCCAUUACACCUUCAUAAGAACAAAUUACACAAGCAUUACCACCAUCAUAAAGGUAAUAUAGGCAACGCGGUCGUUUUUAAGUACUCUUUUCCACCAUCGGGGGAAACCUUGCGUGACAGCCAACAAAGUUUCGCUUUUUCAAAAAAUGGCCUAAUUUGCAUAAUAAGAACAAUAACGAUAUCUUCGAAAGGUGCAUAAUGUAUAUGUUGAAGAACGCAGUUUUGAUGGUCACUUGGUAGAAUUUAGGUAGAAAAUUGUAACUUAAAGGUUACAAUUUCCUCUCCUUUUUUUCAUUUGUUUGACAAUGGCUAAGCUAAAUAAGGCUGAGAUGAAAGUUUUUGCCUCACAAUCAACGUUUACCCUUCUCAGCUGCAUGAAAAUGGCGUCCCCAUUACUUUAAUUUUAAUGCUUUUUUAAUGAAUCGUUUGCAAGUAUCAACAGUGAAAAUCACAUUGUCUUUUUUUCUUUCCAACUUAGUUGAAGGUAAAGAGAAAUGCCUGGCAAAAAGAUAUGGCUGCCAACACUACUGUGUUAAUCUCUCGGAUGGGGGACACCGCUGUAUGUGUCUCCAUGGUUACAUGUUGGCAUCAAACGGAAGACACUGUGAAGGUAAUUAGAAUUAGCAAAGAAAAUACUGCGUACAAAGUGCUCAAUUUAUAGAUAGGCCAUCCGUCAGGUUACAUUUGAGACUGGGUCGGUUUUAUGUGAAAUUGCACUAUGGAACAUUACUGGGGAAUGAAUAGAGCGUUUUCACUCACGUGACCAGUAACUAUACAAAUUUAAAAAGAAAGCGUUUGACACCAUUAUGGCCGCCGUGAUUUCAUGUGAAAACACUCUGUAGGCCAUUCGCAUGAUAGCGUUAUUCUACUACUAGUACAAGAAUCCAUUUUGCUUUUCCUUUCAUAUUUAAAUUUGACUAUCCCAGCGAGGUUUAAAUAACAGUAGCCCUAAUUUGCAUAAGAGAGAAAAACCCUGAAGGAUUGUGGUAGUAGUAGUCAAUCCAAAGGACGUCAUCAUGCAAAUUGCCUAUUCUGACCCAGUUUUGAGCGCAACUUCGUAAUAGUAGCCAAUGAAAGAAGCGAUAGCGUUUCCAAAACAAUCCCAUAGUACACACUGUCCCAGCCUCGACUUCAAUAUGACCGGAUCGUUCAAAAGCUUGGAAAUGCUAUAGAAACCUUUUAACAAAUCUAAGAGUACAGUUCCAUAUUUUAGAACAAGAGAAAUCAUAACUAAGGCAAAAGUUAAUUAGUCCACUUUUUGACAUACAUUUGUAAUAAUUAAGUCGAGAAGUUUAUUAGUAUUGCAAGUCAAUUUUUCACUGACGAUUUUAUUUUUUUAUUAUUAUUAUUUUUUUUUUUCAUUUUUGCAGACGUCAAUGAGUGUAGAGAUAAUACUCAUAGCUGUGAGCAUCAAUGUGUCAAUGACGAAGGAAGUUUUCGGUGCGAGUGCCGCAGUGGAUUCAUGCUCACUAGAGACCAACGGCAUUGUGACGGUAAAUUCUGCUAAUAUUGCUUUCACUGUUACUCUAUUCAUCCUACAAAACAUUGAACUAUGUACAAGUGUUUUUACUGAGGUCAAUCAUUAAUCAAGCGAUUUUCCUCUUUGCAAUGGGUCAAUGGAUUAAAAAGAAAAAUCAGUGCGCGAAAACUUUCAAAAAUAGUUUAAUACAGUUAGAAUAGAGUACAGCUGCAGCGAUGUAAAUCUGUCCAACGAGAUCGAAGGUGAACGAAAAAAUUGCACUGGGCAACCACUUUAAAAGAACGUACCUUUUCUGUUAUCUACCCAGUAAAUGUGUCUUCUUUCCUUUUUUAUGAAGUAUUUAUAUAUCUAUUUACUCAUUGGUUUAUUUAAUUAUUUAUUUAUUUCAGACUUGAAUGAGUGUUUAUUGGGUGUUCAUAGUUGUUCUCACUCGUGUCAUAACACCCCUGGAAGUUACGAGUGUUCGUGCGAUGACGGUUAUCAGUUAUCAACCGACAAACGACACUGUUUAGGUAUGUUUCUUACACUGCUUCUUUCUUAGUUCAAGGUCAAUUUUAAGAUUUUAUGACUGUUUGCAAAAAUAAACAACUACCAGCUCGACGUUUUGUGCGUAGACUCAAAUACACUGGGUGUUGUUAUUGGAGUAAAGAGUAAAUGGAUUGUUUAUUUUCAGAUAUCACAGAGGUGGGAUCUAAAAAGGACCAAGAUCACCCGCCAGUAGCCGGACUGGAAAGUAAGCAGCAAUUCCUUUGCCUCCAGCCUAGUCUAACCUCCAUUUGCAUCCAACUCUCUUAAGACACAAUUUCUCAUAGACGAGCAUCUAUCCAAAUUGCCAAAACUUUCUAGGAAAAGCCCUGUUGUUGGAACCUCUCAAAGGCGAACAACUCUCGUUACCGACCACGACCACUUUGUGGGGUGGCAGUAUUAUUUUUGUAUCUUUCCAUUGCUUUUAAUCUCUUGUAAGUGAAUACCUGACUCCAGCUCUGGUCUCCAUAUUCGCUGUGAAUACUUUAAUACUCAGAGAAUGCGAAGAACUGUUAGCGACAAUACAUGGGGCCACCGUUUGUCUGGAUCUCUUCUCAGAAGAGAGACCUGGUGUUGAAAUCUACUAUUUUGUGGUAAUGGCUUGCAGCAGGCUCGAAUGUAUGGCAAAAACCACAGAUGCUGAGUCCAAUAACUACUUCAAACAGCCAACGGCUUACUUUGCGGGCAAAAUCGUGGGGAUGAUCCGUCUUACGCUCAAAACGGUCUCUACUAAACGAAUUAGGGAAUAUUCACGCACUUCUUUUCCAACCUUUAUUUAUUGUCGACAAUAUUUAACUUUAAUUGACAACUUUCUUUCAUUUUUUUGUAGUUCCAACAACAAUAACACAAGGCCCUAAAGAUCUUACUGUGACCCAGGGAAAAUCUGGGAUAUUUCACUGCAGGGCCCGUGGUCACCCACCUCCUCACAUUGCGUGGGCGUCAGGACCAAACGGAGACCGACCCAUCCCCACUGAGGAUAGGUUUAGAAUAUUACCGACCGGGUCCCUGGUUAUUGGUCGCGUGAAUUUCACAGAUCAAGGGAUGUACCGCUGUGUUGCGUCAAAUCCCGCCGGCAGCGCUACUGCGGGAGCGACUCUUACAGUAACAGGUAUAUACCAUCAUCCUUUUUAGCAGUGAUACCUCUUAUGUUAUAUUCCCUACAUUGAACGAGGGUCAUAAGAAGUUAACAUAUCCCUCUAUUCACUUUUAGAUUUCAAUGAGUGCAGCGCCCGCAGUAAUGACUGUCAGCAGGUGUGUGUUAACACACAUGGCAGCUUCCGGUGUGAAUGUCAUUCCGGAUUUAUACUAGAGAAAGACCGGAAGGCUUGCCAAGGUACUUUUCUUAUAUAGUUAUUUAGUUUAAUUAUCUCAAUGUUCUUUGAUAUGGUUAUGUUUUCCCUAAUAACUAUUUUGUAUGAUUCUGACCUCAUUUGGAAAUGAAAGCCUUCAACAUAACACAAACAGAGCGAAUUUCAUUGAGAGAGUUAAAUCGAACUCCUAUUAAGAUGAAACUUGAUUUGGAACUAGACAGUCCUUGCUUUCUUUAUAAAGUGAUCACGUUGACUUACAUUUUAAUUUUUUCUGACAUCUUCAGAUGUGGACGAGUGCACUUUAGGCAGCCAUUUUUGUGAUCACACUUGUCACAACACAGCAGGCAGCUUUACCUGCAGUUGCAAAUCAGGAUACAGGCUUUUAGCGGACCUCAGAACAUGUACAGGUACGGAAAUCCUGUUUUUUGGAGGCUGAAGACCCUGUUAUCUGUGACUUAUUCACAGAUGCUUGCGAAUUGCCCCGAUAAAUAACAUAACUAAGCUAGCCUGUGCCAGGCUGUCGAUAGUAGGGACGUCGUGAAAAUAAAACAAGCCAAGAGAAAUAAGACGUGGGCGAUCUCGGGAAGAGGGGCAGUGGCGGGAAAAAAAUGGGAGGAACCCCCGCGCGUUUUUUGCAUCGCUUUCUCACUGCACGACUGCCCUACUAUCUUGGAGCCUGGAACAAGCUACACUCACCUCGUUAGGGGAUUAAAACGUUCAACAGUGAAUGACAUAUUUUAUUCGCAAAAGCUUUGAGGUUCUUUUAAGCAAGACGUGUGUUGUAGGCAUGUGAAAAUCUUGAAUGCAGUGAACCACCUAACGCCAAAUAAAACUUCACCGGUACUUAUUGUUUUCGGACCUCGAUUUAUUGAGACGCUUUUACCAGACGUCACGUCGAGGCGUAAAUAAACCAAUUGCAGGACUGGCCAUACGACAGAAGGGCACUUUAAAAAUUUGGUCGUUGUGCCAGUCUUAAUACAAGCCGUCCAACUUUAAAGAAAGCAGAUGCUGGGCCCUUCAUCCGACCAUCCGAAAGCUACGCAGCAUAAUAGUACUUUUUUCCUCUGUUUAUAGUUGACUUAUUUUUUUCACUUUGUGUGUUUAGACAUAGAUGAGUGCUCAGAGACUCCACACGGCUGCUCACAAUUGUGCAACAACACCAAAGGAAGUUAUAAUUGCUUUUGUCUGAAAGGAUACUGGUUGACUAAAGACAACAAAACAUGUGUUGGUAAGUUCAAAUAUAUUCUUAUGCAAUUCUUGAAGAAUCUUGUUAUUAACGUCCAUCAUUAAAUACUUCUCUCCUUCCCCACUUCGCCCUAGUAAAAUAUAGAAUGCAACAAAUCGCUCGAUAAAAGGUAACGCGAAUUCCAGAAUCUGGGAAAAUUUUAAUUGUGAGAUCCAGAAUUCUUGGCCUUGGAAUCCGGAAAUCAGUUCAAGGGAUCCGGAAUCUAAUUUCCGCUGACAAGGAAUCCGGAAAUCAGUAUGUAGAAUCCAGAAUCCAUAGCGUACAAUCCAGCAUCCAAAACUGACUUGGAUUACCUAAUGUGGAGCGUUAAAAAAGAAGAUAACCCAAACUAUUCACAAUUGGUCAUCGUCAACGUUUCUUUGUGUUCACUAAUCAUUACUACUUGCCAAUCCAAUUGACCCCGCCGUCGAGUCAAGACAGCCACUAUUAAGCCUAAUCUAAGUCUCGAACGAAACUCACAAAACCUAGAUGGUUUCUUUGUUACUACUUCGACUAAAGGAUAAAUUCUUUGUUCUUUUUAGAUCACCACACCAUGCUAGAUAGCUCCAAACCAGCGACACUUUCAGCCGGCAUGGGAGCAUUUGUAGCGGUGGCUACCGCGAGUUUGCUUAUUCUUAUCGGAACUGUGUUGUGUGUGAUACGCCAUAGAAGAAAAGCCCGACUGGCAGGUCUUGAUAUGGCCGAGGUAAAUCAGCGUUCUGUUUUU